AUGAAUUGGGUUAUUAUAUCUGAAUAUUUACCCAAUGAUCGGAUGGAUGAUGCAUCAAGUCUUCCUUCACGGGUUAAGAAGACUGAUGGCAGGGAAAUUGAGAGCUUCUACAAACAAUACUACGAGAACUAUGUUUUGGCGCUUAACAAGGGGGAGAAAGCUGAUAGGGCUCAGCUUGGCAAAGCUUACCAGACAGCUGGUGUGCUGUUUGAAGUGCUUUGUGCAGUUAAUAAGACUGAAAAAGUCGAGGAAGUAUCUCCCGAGAUUAUGGCUGCAGCAAAUGAUGUCCAGGCAAAGAAGGAAAUCUAUGCUCCCUAUAACAUUCUCCCUCUGGAUUCUGCUGGGGCGUCACAGUCCAUCAUGCAGCUAGAUGAGGUGAAAGCUGCUGCGGCCACUUUAUGGAACACUCGAGGCUUAAAUUGGCCGGCCUCAUUUGAACAGCAGAGGCAGAAAGCAGGGGAGUUGGACCUUCUUGAUUGGCUGAGGGCUAUGUUUGGGUUUCAGAAGGAUAAUGUCAGGAACCAGAGGGAGCAUUUGAUUUUAUUGCUUGCAAAUAUUCACACAAGGCUAAUCCCCAAGCCCGAACCACUAAGCAGACUUGAUGAUAGAGCUGUUGAUGCCUUUGUGAACAAGCUUUUCAAGAACUACAAAACAUGGUGUAAAUAUUUGGGAAGAAAACACAGCUUAAGGCUCCCUCAAAAGCAGCAAGAAGUGCAACAGAGAAAGUUACUAUACACGAGCCUUUAUCUUCUUAUCUGGGGGGAAGCAGCUAACAUACGCUUCAUGCCAGAGUGCCUGUGCUAUAUUUUUCACAAUAUGGCAUAUGAACUUCAUGGUCUCUUAGCUGGAAAUGUCAGCAUUGUUACUGGAGAAAACAUCAAGCCUUCUUAUGGUGGGGAUGAUGAAUCUUUCUUGCGGAAAGUUAUAACACCCAUUUAUCGAGUGAUUGAAACGGAAGCCAAGAAAAGCAAAAAUGGGAAAUCCUCACACUCAACCUGGUGCAACUACGAUGAUCUAAAUGAGUAUUUCUGGUCUUCGGAUUGCUUCUCUUUGGGUUGGCCCAUUCGUGACGAUGGUGAGUUUUUCAAAUCAACACGAGCUGUAGCACAGGGGAAACAAGCUUCUCAGAAAAAGCCUGGAUAUAUGGGGAAAUCAUUUUUUGUGGAAACCAGGAGCUUUUGGCAUAUUUUCCGAAGUUUUGAUCGUCUUUGGACAUUUCUCAUACUUGGACUGCAGGUCAUGAUUAUCAUUGCAUGGAGUAACGUCUCUUUAUUUGAUAUCUUCCAAAAGGAUGUCUUAUAUAAACUUUCCAGUAUAUUUAUCACAGCAGCCUUUCUCCGCUUCCUUCAGAGUAUUUUGGACCUCCUACUAAACUUCCCAGGUUAUCUUCGAUGGACAUUCACUGAUGUUUUGAGGAACAUUCUCAAGAUAAUUGUCAGCCUUGCAUGGUUCAUUAUCCUUCCUAUAUGCUAUCUACACCAAGACAAUUCAUUUUCAUUUUUCAAUAUCGAUGAUGUGCUCUCAUUCCUUGACAAAGUUAAGGGUGUACCUCCUUUAUAUAUCUUGGCUGUGGUAGUGUACCUGCUGCCAAAUUUAUUGGCGGCAAUUCUAUUUGUAUUCCCAAUGCUCAGACGUAGGAUUGAGAACUCGGAUUGGUUAAUUGUAAGGUUUCUCCUAUGGUGGUCGCAGCCAAGAAUCUAUGUUGGAAGGGGAAUGCAUGAAAGUCAAUUCACACUGAUCAAGUAUACUCUCUUUUGGGUGCUGCUUCUGUGUUCUAAAUUCGCGUUUAGUUAUUUUAUGAUGAUAAAACCUCUGGUAAAGCCCACGAAAGAUAUAAUGAAUAUUCAUCGUAUUGAAUAUGCUUGGCAUGAGUUUUUCCCUGAUGCUAAGCACAACUAUGGUGCUGUUCUCGCACUUUGGGCCCCAGUUAUUUUGGUUUAUUUUAUGGACCCUCAGAUUUGGUAUGCUAUAUACUCCACCCUGUAUGGAGGUUUUAUUGGGGCCUUUGGUCGUCUUGGCGAGAUACGAACUCUUAGUAUGCUAAGGUCGCGCUUUCAUUCUUUACCUGGUGCAUUCAACACUUAUCUGGUACCUUCCGACAAAAAUCGAAAAAGAGGGUUUUCUCUCUCAAAGCGCUUUCACGAGGUUACAGCAAGUAAGAGAACUGAAGCUGCAAAAUUUUCUCAGUUAUGGAAUGAAGAACUAAAAUUGGUACUAUUCACCUCCAGGGAGAUGGAUUUGCUCCUCGUUCCAUAUUCAUCAGAUCUUAGCCUAAAAUUAAUUCAGUGGCCUCCUUUUUUACUUGCUAGCAAGAUUCCAAUUGCGUUGGAUAUUGCAGUUCAAUUUCGAACAAAGGAUGCUGACCUUUGGAAGCGUAUAUGUGCUGAUGAGUACAUGAAAUGUGCUGUUGUCGAAUGCUAUGAAUCAUUCAAACUUGUUCUAAAUGCCUUGAUUGUUUGGGAAACUGAAAAAAGGAUAAUUGGAAUCAUCUUUAAAGAAGUUGAAAGCAACAUACACAAGAGCACGUUCCUUGCGAAUUUCAGAAUGAAGCCUUUACCUAAUCUUUAUAAAAAGUUUGUAGAGCUUGUGGAGAUAUUGAAAGACGGUGAUCCAUCCAAGAAAGAUAGAGUGGUUUUGUUGUUGCAAGAUAUGUUAGAAGUAGUUACCCGUGACAUGAUGGUGAAUGAGAUCCGUGAACUGGCUGAACUUAGUCAUAGUAGCAAGGAUAGUGGAAGGCAACUUUUUGCCAAUACUCCAAAUACAGCACAAUGGGAAGAGCAGAUACGGCGUCUUUAUCUGCUCUUAACAGUAAAAGAAUCUGCAAUUGAUGUGCCAACAAACCUUGAAGCACGCCGGAGGAUAGCAUUUUUCACAAAUUCGCUCUUUAUGGAUAUGCCGCGUGCACCUAGAGUUCGCAAAAUGCUUUCAUUCAGUGUCAUGACUCCGUACUACAGCGAGGAAACUGUCUAUUCCAAGAGUGACCUUGAAAUGGAGAACGAAGAUGGUGUAUCAAUCAUAUAUUACCUUCAAAAAAUUUAUCCAGAUGAAUGGAAUAACUUCAUGGAGCGUGUAAAUUGCAAAGAGUAUGAGAUUUGGGAAAAUGAAGAGAACAUACUGCAGCUACGUCACUGGGCCUCCUUGAGAGGACAAACUCUUUGCAGAACAGUGAGAGGAAUGAUGUAUUACAGACGGGCUUUGAAGCUUCAGGCUUUUCUCGACAUGGCUACCGAAAACGAGAUACUUGAAGGAUACAAAAGUAUAACAGCACCGUCAGAGGAAGAUAGGAAAAGCCAAAGAUCCUUAUAUUCUGAAUUAGAAGCUGUAGCUGACAUGAAAUUCACAUACGUUGCCACCUGUCAGAACUAUGGGAACCAGAAACGCAGUGGAGAUCGUCGUGCAACUGACAUUUUGAAUUUGAUGGUUAAUAAUCCAUCCCUCCGUGUAGCAUAUAUAGAUGAAGUCGAAGAAAUGAAAGGUGGAAAAAACCAAAAGGUUUAUUAUUCAGUAUUGGUAAAAGCUGUUGAUGAUCUUGAUCAGGAAAUUUACCGCAUAAAGUUGCCUGGCUCAGCAAAAAUUGGAGAAGGGAAACCUGAAAACCAAAACCAUGCUAUUAUUUUUAGUCGUGGGGAAGCUCUUCAGACCAUAGAUAUGAAUCAGGACAAUUAUUUAGAAGAAGCUUUUAAGAUGCGGAACCUUCUCGAGGAAUUUAACGAGGAUCACGGGGUGAGACCACCUACAAUUUUGGGUGUUCGUGAACAUAUCUUCACUGGAAGCGUGUCAUCAUUGGCUUGGUUUAUGUCAAAUCAAGAAACCAGCUUUGUCACCAUUGGUCAAAGGGUUCUUGCAAGACCUUUGAAGGUGCGAUUCCACUAUGGACAUCCAGAUGUAUUUGAUAGAAUAUUUCACAUCACUCGUGGUGGAAUUAGCAAAGCUUCAAGAGGUAUUAAUCUCAGCGAGGAUAUAUUUGCUGGUUUUAAUUCAACUCUAAGACGUGGAAAUGUUACUCACCAUGAAUAUAUCCAAGUUGGCAAGGGACGAGAUGUUGGCCUCAACCAAAUAUCACUUUUUGAAGCCAAAGUUGCAUGUGGUAAUGGGGAACAGACACUCAGCCGUGAUAUCUACAGAUUAGGGCAUCGUUUUGACUUCUUCCGCAUGCUGUCAUGUUACUAUACAACCACUGGGUUUUAUGUCAGUUCAAUGUUGGUAGUUCUUACUGUCUACGCGUAUUUGUAUGGCAAGCUCUAUCUUGCAGUGAGUGGACUAGAGAAAACCAUAGUCAAAUUUGCAAGAGCUAAGGGAGAUGAAGCGCUGAAGGUUGUCAUGGCAUCACAGUCUAUUGUUCAACUAGGUCUUUUGAUGUCGUUGCCCAUGGUCAUGGAAAUUGGUCUAGAGCGAGGCUUUAGAACUGCUUCUGGUGAUAUAAUAAUUAUGCAGCUUCAGCUGGCAUCCGUCUUCUUUACUUUCUCUCUUGGCACAAAACUCCAUUACUUUGGAAGGACAAUUUUACAUGGUGGAGCCAAAUACAGAGCCACUGGGCGUGGAUUUGUCGUGCGACAUGAAAAGUUUGCUGAGAACUACAGAAUGUACUCUAGGAGUCAUUUUACUAAAGCGAUGGAACUGUUGAUUUUGCUUAUAACAUAUCAUGCUUAUGGCUCAGCAGUAAACAAUUCUACUGCUUUCUUUUUUCUUACUAUCACAAUGUGGUUUCUUGUGGGCUCCUGGUUGUUUUCUCCUUUUCUUUUCAAUCCUUCCGGAUUUGAAUGGCAGAAAAUAGUGGACGACUUUGAAGAUUGGACUAAGUGGAUAAGUAAUCGUGGCGGGAUUGGUGUUCCUGCAACCAAGAGUUGGGAGUCCUGGUGGGAUGAGGAACAAGAGCAUCUCCAGCACACUGGUUUAAUAGGCCGUUUCUGGGAAAUUGUACUUUCUCUGCGCUUUUUCAUCUACCAGUACGGAAUCGUUUAUCAUUUGCAUGUGGCCCAGAAGGACAAAAGUAUCGUGGUUUAUGGUCUAUCCUGGCUGGUUAUUGUUGCUGUGAUGCUCAUUCUAAAGAUUGUCUCCAUGGGAAGGAAGAAAUUCAGUGCAGAUUUUCAGCUGAUGUUUAGACUUCUGAAACUAUUUCUGUUUAUUGGCUUCAUAGUUAUAUUGGUCUUUUUCUUUACAUUCCUUGAACUCAGAGUUGGAGACAUUUUUGCGAGUUUACUAGCUUUCAUGCCAACUGGAUGGGCUCUUCUGCAGAUAGCACAAGCUUGCAGGCCAAUAGUGAAGGGAGUCGGAAUGUGGAGAUCUGUUAAAGCUCUAGCCAGAGGAUACGAGUAUAUAAUGGGGAUAGUGAUCUUUACGCCUGUGGCAGUCUUGGCCUGGUUCCCAUUUGUCUCUGAGUUCCAAACUAGGCUGCUUUUCAACCAGGCAUUCAGCAGAGGGCUACAGAUUCAACGUAUUCUGGCUGGUGGAAAGAAGCAAAAGUAA